AUGAGUGAAGUUUCCCUCGCGUCAGGGCUCAUGGAGUUUGCUCCAGGAGCUAUUGGCGGCUUCUGCAACGUAUUUGUGGGUCAUCCCAUGGACCUGAUCAAAGUACGCCAGCAAUCGGUCCCUAUGGGAGGUGGUGGCGGUGCAAGCGUCUCACGUACAGCCGUGGCGGCUGCGUUGGCCUCCAACACCUCGACUUCCGCCAUGUUUCGAAACAUAAUUGCUCAGGAAGGCAUGAGUGGUCUAUACCGAGGAUUGUCAUCUCCACUCAUUGCCGUCACUCCGGCCUUUGCUGUGAACUUUUGGAGUUUCGAUGUGGCCAAGAACUUUAUAAUAAAGCAACAACAACAGAACGCCAAUUCCAAUGAAGAAGUUCCAGUUCAACUCUCCAUUGCUCAAAUCUCCCUGGCAGGUGCCUUUUCGGGAAUCUGCUUGGGUGGUGUUAUUGGACCCAGUGAGCGGAUCAAGUGCCUUAUGCAAGUCGACAAACAACGCUACAGUGGUUUCUUCGAUUGUGCUAGACAGGUAUACAAGGAAGGUGGACUCGCCAGUGUCUUUCGGGGCACUGGAUCCGCCAUUCUACGAGACGUCCCAGGCAAUGCUGCUUACUUUGGAGCCUACGAAUUGUUCAAGCGACAACUCUGCGUCUGGGAAGAACGAGACACUCCCUCCACUCGGGCCAUUCUCCUUGCCGGUGGCAUGUCUGGGGUGGCCAAUUGGAUUGUCGCCAUUCCCUUUGACACCAUCAAAAGCAGAAUCCAGACCGCCCCAGCUGGACGAUACCGAAACUAUGUUGAUGUCCUUCGUCAAACCAUUCAGCAAGAAGGAUUUCAAGCACUGUUUCGAGGUCUUACACCUGCUCUCCUGAGAGCCUUUCCCGCCAAUGCGGCGUGUCUCUUGGGAGUCGAAUCCGCACGAACCUUCUUUGCUUCCAUUAGAUAA